AGAACUUCUUGAGUGCUUCCACAAUGCUGCUCCGCUCAGGCCGCGAAAAGCCUUCUAAAGUGUCUCUCCGUGAAAGGCGGUCUGUUAAAAAAGGAUCCCGGCUAGGACUGGGGAGAACAGCUUCUCAAAAGCCAGGUUUCUGCACACAGUCGUGCUCUGGCACUGGACUGCUUCGGAGAGCUUCCUCCCUCUGUGAGAAUACUCAUUUGCCAGCAUUUAGUCUGCGAGAAACACUGAAAUGCUAUAUACUGACUGAAGAUUCAAAAACAGUGCAUUUUGACAUAGAUGAAGAUGGUCACCAUGAAAUAUCAACAAGGGAUUCACAAUCUCAUGAAGAGUCUAAUAAUUUGGUGAUCCUCACACAGAGAUCAAAGCUUAACAAAUUUGUCCUAUUGUGCAAGGGUAAGAAGCAUCUUUCUCUGAAGGUUUUAAAAGCAUCCUGUUCAAAGCCAUAUUGUCCCUCAGUGGAAAGAUGCAACAGGAAAACAUGCAACCAUGAAGAUCCUGACUUCAAACAGCUGAGUGAAGAAAGCCACUUCUUCAUCAUGCAUUACCUAGGAGAUUCUGUGCAGUUCCAGUGCUAUGAAGAUACAAGUUAUUACCUGUGUGUGAACGAUGACUCACUUGAUAUUUGCAAGGUGGAAAACGAAGAACCCAAUCAGGACAAAAAUUUUUACUUCAAGGUGUCAUAUUUAUAGGAAACAUAACUUCCCUGCCUUUCAGUGGCCUAAGUUUCUAUACAACUCUUACUAUAAGCUAACAGAAGACAAGGAAGGUUGAGAUCAACUUAUUUCCAUUUUGGCUUAAUUUUACCUUUUUUUGCUUGGUUGGUUUCUUCUGGGUUUGUUUGUCUGUUUGUAAUUUCUUUAGUCACCAUUUUGCAUAAGUAACUUCCUUUAGUGUCUGUGCUUUCAAUAUGAAAAGAGAAAGGCUAAGUUUGAAAAAUAUACAAACUGAUCAGUCUUAUUGUGCCUUUCCUGCACAAUUAUGUUUUUUAAGGAGCUGAAUUCUUCUGGACAGGAUCAAAAACACAGGGGAUAUUUCAAACAUAGGGGGAGAAAAAGAAUCUUACAUGGGUAUG